AUGACCUCCCUGCCUAAAGCUAAUGCCAGAUGUGGUGUUGGCCUCUUCCAAGCGGUGGCUGGAGAACACGACAACUGCAACAUCUUGGUCUCCCCUGUGAAUGCCACUUCAGCGCUGGGCCUGCUUGCCCUCGCAUCUGGAUGCGAACAGGCAGCUGAGAUUGAGAAGGAACAAGAAAAAACUGAGCGCUGCCCCAAGCCCAGACCUGCUCCUGAACCAACAUGCCCCAGAGCAAGACCCUCUCCUGAACCAGCAUGUCCUAAACCUCGUGAUAGCAGGCGACCCAUUCCUCGUCCAUGCCCAGAACCAGAGCCUGAACCUUGUCCCAGAAGAGAACCAUGUCCAAGAAGAAAUGUUCCAGACUAUGUGUGUGAAAAACCAGAAGGAGUCCAUACAGCAUUCAGCAAAAUCCUGGCAACUCUCAAUAAACCUAGCACCAACUAUGCACUGAGUAUUGCUGACAAGGUGUAUGGAGACAUUUCCAUCGAUUUCAUCCAGAAAUUCCUUUUCUGUGCUCUGAAACUGUACCGCACAGAAGUAGAAGGAGCUGACCUGCAUAAUGCUCCAGAGGAAGUGAGGAGACUCGCAAACCUUUGGGUUGAAAUCCAGACACAUGAUAAAGUCAAGGAUCUCCUCCCCAAGAACAGCUUUGAUUGCCUUGCUCAGCUGGUCCAGGUGAACAGUCUCUACUUCAAAGGGUGUUGGGAAGUCAAGUUUGACAAGGAACUCACGGUAGAAGCUCCGUUCUAUACACAUGAUGCAGAUGAGAGGAACUGCCCCACUGUGCAGCUGAUGCACAGGAAGGGUGUUUACAACACAGCAACUAUUGACAUCUGUGGCGAGGAGGUGCAGGUGCUUGAAAUCCCCUACAAAGACAAGGAGCUGAGCUUCUUUGUGCUGCUGCCAACAGACUGCAGCGCUGAAGCCCUUCAGCAGCUGGAAGAUGGACUCAGCCAUGAGGACCUGCUCGACCUGUCCUGCGAGCUGAAGUCUGCCGAGGUGGAUGUUUCCCUACCCAAGUUCUGCUUGGAGAGGAGCCUCCACCUCCUUGAGUACUUGAAUCUGCACAACCUGAUGGAUCCCGAAAAGGCUGAUUUCUCUGGAGCAACAUCGACAGAAGACGUGGGUGUGACUGCACUAAUCCACAGCGCACACGUUGCGAUUGAUGAGGAUGGUGGGGAGGAACCGGAGGCACGCCGCUGCCCUCGGGACAGGCGUCCCCGCCGAGAAUGUGUGCUUUUCCAGGCUAAUCACCCUUUCCUGUUUUACAUCCAGCACAAUUGCAGCCAAAGCAUCAUUGCAUUUGGCAGGUUCUCCAGGCCAGAGUAA